UAUGUCAAUGAUGUGAUGUUGUACAACCUCAAACUAUUAAUUAAUUCUAUUUGUGAUAUAAAUAAAUCUAUAAUAAUGUCUAAAUGUGAUUAAAUGCCAAUGAUUUAUUUUAUAAUGCACAGUUUAAUAAUAAGCGAGUGAUAUUAUUCAAGAAUAAAAUAGAAGAAGGAUUAGAAUCGUCAUGGAUCCUGAAAAACGUGUAUAUAAAAUAGUACUUACAGGAGGGCCAUGUGGUGGAAAAACAACAGGUCAAUCAAGAUUGAGCACUUUUUUUGAAAAUUUAGGAUGGAAGGUUUUUCGUGUACCUGAAACAGCAACAGUUCUAUUGAGCGGUGGCAUAAAAUUCUCUGAUCUAUCAGAAGAUGAAGCUCUCAAAUUUCAAGAAAACCUCCUCAGAACGAUGCUCCAGAUUGAAGACACAUUCUUCGAGCUGGGCAACAGUUGCAAGAGGAAUUGUCUUAUCAUAUGUGAUAGGGGUGCCAUGGAUGCAAGUGCUUUUAUAUCUCGCGAUAAAUGGGAACAGAUGAUGUUGGCAAACGAGUGGAAUAGUGUAGAGCUCAGAGAUAAUCGGUAUAAUCAAAUUAUACAUAUGGUAUCUGCUGCUAAAGGAGCUGAGCAGUUCUAUUCGACCGAAGAACAUGUUUGCAGAUCAGAAGGUGUGGAUGUUGCUAGAUUGCUUGAUGACAAGGCAGCUGCAGCCUGGGUGGGUCAUCCUUAUUUUGAUGUCAUUGAUAAUUCUACAGAUUUCGAAGCUAAAAUGAAUCGUAUGAUUGAAAGUAUCUGUGUCAAGAUUGGAAUUGACACAGGAGAUCGUCUCAGAGUGAAUUCAAGAAAACUCAAAUUUCUUGUGUCAGGUCCAUUGCCAGAUGAGUCUGUUUUUCCUCCUUUCCAAGAUUUCGAUGUCGUCCACAAUUAUCUGCAAGCUAGUGGACCACGAGUUCAAGCUAGGUUGAGAAAACGUGGUCAGAGGGGACAUUGGAGUUAUAUUCAUACGAUACGCAGACCAAAGGUUCAUGGUCAAUCUGUAGAAGUGAAGACACAAAUAACCCAUCGAGAUUAUAUUAAUCUACUCUCUCAAAGAGACGAUGCCCAUUUCACUAUUUAUAAAAAGAGGAGGUGUUUUCUGGUGAACAAUCAGUAUUAUCAACUUGAUAUCUAUCGUGAACCAAGUCAUCCAAGGUGUAAAGGUCUUAUGUUACUUGAGACUUAUACAGCCCUGGCUGAUGACCAAUUAGCAAAAACUCUACCCAAAUUUUUGCAAAUUGAACGUGAAGUCACUGGAAAUCCUGAUUAUUCUAUGUUCAAUCUGUCUUUGAAAGAGGAAUGGACAGAUACUAAACAUUUUUGCCGCUCCUUACUUAAUGGUGUCUCAUCAAAAGACGAUUCAUUAAACAAUCAUAUAAAAAAUAACUGCAAAAUAGUAAAUGGUAAAACUUGAGAAUCAAGUUAAAAUAAAUGUGGUCCAGAUAGUUAUAUAUUUAAUACAUA